UCCUGGAGCGGUUUGGCACAGACGGAGGAGGCGCGUUCAGCUGACAUCCUCGCAGGGGGUAACUUCACUUCUCUUCCCCCGGACUUGAGCAGACUUUUAUGGGCAAGGAUCAGCUUCACCCGCCGCCGCACAUUUCCUUCCUUGUCACUUAAUUCCUUCUCCUAAAAUGCACGGCUCCGCUGCAAGUUUUUCCAAGUUUACUUUGAGUCAACAGGACUUGGAGUGAGUAGCAGCGUGGCUUCUGUUUUUUGGGAAUGCGUCCUCUCCGAUCUGCCAGGAAAGAGCAGAGUGGGACAGCUCACCUCCAGAGACAUGUACUGGACAUUUAUGGACUGGAAAAUACUGAUGACCAUUGUUCUUCUAUGGGACCAGCUUCAGGCUUUGGAGCUACGUCCUACAAGAUGGCCACUGUAUUCCCAAAAGCCCCUGGUACUGGCCUGGAACGCCCCAACUGAGGACUGCUUCCCCCGUCAUGGAGUGCGAUUUGAGUUGGGCUUGUUCCAAAUUGUUGCUUCACCCAAUGAAGCUUUUUUCAGACAAAACCUUACCAUCUUCUAUAAGGAAAGACUAGGUCUUUACCCUUAUUUUGAAGAGGACAAAACACCAGUGAAUGGGGGGUUGCCUCAGGUGGCUAGUCUCAGUCAACACCUGGAGAAGAUGCCAGAGGUGGUGAAAAAGUACAUUCGGGAGCCACAAGCUAAAGGACUGGCUGUUAUUGACUGGGAAGAAUGGCGUCCGCUUUGGAUCAGAAAUUGGGACGCUAAAGACAUUUACCGCAAACAUUCACGGGAGUUAGUAAGACAGAAAUACCCAACAUGGCCAGAUGAGCAGGUGUACAAAGUUGCACAGCAGGAAUUUGAGUUAUCAGCUAAGAAAUUCAUGUUAGAGACUUUAAAAUUAGCCAAACACUUGAGACCAAAUCAACUAUGGGGCUUUUAUCUAUUCCCAGACUGCUACAAUCACGAUUAUAGGAGGACUUUGGAGAAUUACACUGGUCGCUGUCCGGAUGUAGAAGUGGCCAGAAACGAGCAGUUGAAGUGGUUAUGGGAGGAGAGUACUGCGCUGUUUCCUUCUAUCUACAUGGGCAAAGUACUGAACUCUUCACGCUCCGGGCAGCAGUUUGUGAGGAACAGGGUGAAGGAAGGAAUGCGCCUUGCUUCGUCUGGAGAGGGGCUAGCCAGACCUGUUUUUGUGUACACCAGGCCCACCUAUACCAACUCACUGGAGCCACUGACAGAGAUUGACCUGGUGUACACCAUUGGGGAGAGUGUGGCUUUAGGAGCGGCUGGUAUUAUCCUGUGGGGGGAUGUGGCCUAUGCAAGCAGCAAAACAAGCUGUUCGGAGCUUAAGGCCUAUCUCCAGGAUCCACUGAGUAAAUACUUGCUGAAUGUUACCACGGCAGCUGAGCUCUGCAGCCAGACCCUCUGUGGCUCUCAUGGCCGAUGCCUAAGACGAAACCCGGACAGCGAUGUUUACCUGCACCUCAAUCCCGCCACUCAUGCCAUCACGAAACAAAAUGGCCGACUGGCAGUGACCGGAGCGCUGGACGAAGCAGAGAAGAUGAGGUUUGAGAUGGAUUUUCAGUGCCAGUGCUACAGCGGGUACUCGGGAGAGACUUGCAAGCAGCAGGACCCCCAGCUCUCAAGAGGAAAUGCAAAUGUGGCCAAAGCUUCAAUUUUGCAAUGUGUUUUCUUCUUAGUAAUUUUUCCAAUUCUCUUCUAAUACUUUUCUUCUUGGGAGCUGUUAUCACUGCUGUUUGCACUGAGGAGGUGACGAUUUGUCUGCCCCGUAGUGCAAACAGCAUAAUUUAUAUACAAUGCAAAAAGGAAUAUCUAGACUCACUGAUUAAAUUUGAACUCAGUCAAUCUGGAUUUUAGUACUUUUGACUCGGUAUAUAUGUGUGUGGUCCGUAUUACAUUUGUUAAGUGACAUUUCUGAUUUUUAAACAUUAAUAAAUACAAAAAUCUGCUUGAGAUUAAGAGCACUUUUUUCCCCUCUCAGCCAAAUAAGUUGCCUUGAAAAAAUAAGCCUUGUUUUCAAACAUGUUGAAUAUUCUCAAGAUCCAUCAAGUUUAAAAUCAGUUUUCAAACCCACAUCCAUUAAGAUUUUGGAUUUGAGUUAAUUUCUUCCAGUUAAGGCUGAGAUUGUUGAAAAGCUUUGCUCCAAAAAGCCAGACUUCUUUUUUGCCAGAACAUUUUUUUCAGAACACUAUUUAGUAAUUUGCAUAUUGAUUUGGUGUGAUUAUGUUUUAUGCCAGAUGCCCUACCUUUAUAUCAUUUCAAUGUGCUUGGGAGUGAUUCUGCUUCUUUAGCUGUUUUUCUAUGGUUGUUGUAGCAAACCAUUUUUCCUGUGCAGGGAUUUUAAACUGAAUUGACACCAGGUUUUAUGCCAGAUGCCCUCCCUAACUUGCCAAUAAAGAACAAAAAGUACCCACAUUUGUAGAUAGGUGUAUGUGGCAGUCUUCUUUUAGCUUUCCUGUCAGGUUACCACAACAAACCAU